AUGAUGGACAUAUUGUCAGAGGAGCAGGCAGAGUUGAUCGCACAGAAAUACAAGACCAGUUUUAUUGGACUAUCGAGAUCAUUUGUUGGAAAUACAUUGGCUAUCAAUCAGGUUUUGGAUAUGCAAUGGAGAUUCGGUGUCACCACUGCCUCUAGCGAAUCGAAAAAGGGUGGAAACACUUUUCUACAAUUGAAAUUGGUACUCGACCAAGGUGGUGAUAAUAAACAAGAAGUACACAUGGAACUAACAUUACCACAAUUUUAUCAAUUCCUCAAAGAAAUGGAACAAGCAAAAGCCAGUUUAGAAUAUUUCAAUUAA